CUGUUCGUUAAUGAUUCACGAACGGCGCAUUGACGUCCAAGUCGUUAUGUAAUAUUUUAGCUUUCCUCUUUUAAAUUUCAUUUAUCAUUAUCCGUCUGUGUGUCACACAGAACCAUGGCCUCGCCGAUUGUUUAUUUAACAAGGGUUGAAAAAUUUUCAGCUUGUCACAGGCUCCAUAGCCCACAAUUGUCGGAUCAAGUUAACAAAGAUGUGUAUGGAAAAUGUAACAACCCAAACGGGCAUGGGCAUAAUUACAGAGUCGAGGUGACCGUAUGCGGGCCCGUUUCUAAAGAUACUGGAAUGGUCAUGAAUUUAAGUGAUCUCAAGGCUCAUAUGAAUGCUGCCAUCAUGGAAACGUUGGACCAUAAAAACUUGGACUUGGACGUACCAUAUUUUAAAGACGUAGUAAGCACUACAGAAAAUGUUGCUGUUUAUAUUUGGAAUAAACUCAUGAGGGAAUUAGAAAAUCCGUAUUUAUUGUACGAGGUUAAAAUAUAUGAAACGGACAAUAACAUCGUUUCUUAUAGAGGAGAGUAAUAAUUACUGCAUUUCCCAAAUGUGUUAUACAUAUUUUAUAUAAUAUUACGACUGAUCCUCUACCUAUAUUUUUGAAUAAUGUUGAUUAUUUGUGUACUUAUUCACAAAGUAAAUAUUGUAACUUUUUUACAUGAAGUGAUUUUUUAAAUUAUUAUUGGUGAUAUGAAGUAUUUUUUAAAUUUUAAGAUUUCCUUUUUGUGGCAUAGAUACAAAUAGGUAUUCUGUUUAUAAAUAAAAUAUAUGCUUGAUAAAUGCCAUAAUGAAAUGUUUUAUAUGUUAACUGAUAG